UCUUUUCUCAUCAUCAUCAUGACAAGUUGGAAGUCUGACCUUCCGCCAGCACAUAGUUCGCCGUGCAGGGAUUUGAAGAUUGCAAUACAGCAGCAGUGCACUGGAGGCUGCACUAGGGGCGGAGUUCAACCUCGCAAGUCUCUCAAAACAUCACUAAUCCGCGAUCGGACAUGCGGACACACGCGCGGGCCAUCGCUGCAACACUUUGCAACAGAACGAAGGCACAAUUAAACCAACAACAACAACAAAAUAAUAAUAAUAACACUGCCCUGCACGGCUCUGCGCGGCUGCACGCAGCGGCUCGCGUGGUCGUUCGUGCGCGCGCCGGGUGCAUCGUGAACGCUGCACCGUGACAGACAGCGCUUUCGUUAUUACACGCGUCUGGACGCAUCUGCGGUGUUUUCUGGCCGGUUUUACUCGGAGGAUUUCGGCGGGGGGGGCGGGUGGAGUGGAGUGUCGGGAUUUGAUCGCCGCCAGCUGGACCGCCCCGCGCUGCCAUUGUAGAGGCGAGCAUCAGCUUCCCUUUAAGAACUUGUCCAGUUGCCAUUCAAUGUCCAGUGGCACAUGGGUUACGCUGCGCUGUGGCUGAUCCCGAGCAUGCUUUCGACAAACCGCCCCGGAGGGGCGGGGGGAUGAAAUGGAUGGAGCCCGUGGCCAGACCAGUCCACCAGCAGCCGCCUUCCAGCAUGUCCGGCCGCAGCAAGUCUCCCCCCAACUCUGGAGAAGCUGCAGGCUCUAACUCCAGGGCAUGGGUGAAGAUGUUCAAAAAACCUGGUGGAGGCUUGAAGAAAUCCUACCAGCCCGGGAGCAUGCUGUCGCUCGCGCUCACCAAAGGCCUGCUUAAUGAGCCUGGACAGAAUAGCUGCUUCCUAAACAGCGCCGUACAGGUGCUUUGGCAGCUGGACAUCUUCAGAAGAAGUCUGAGGCAGCUCUCGGGUCACUUCUGUCUCGGGGAUGCUUGCAUCUUCUGCGCUCUGAAGAGCAUCUUCAGCCAGUUUCAGCAGAGCAGAGAGCGCGUGCUCCCCUCCGACAGCCUGCGCAACGCGCUCGCUGAAACUUUCAAGGAUGAGCAACGCUUCCAACUGGGCCUGAUGGAUGAUGCUGCCGAGUGCUUUGAGAACAUCCUAGAGCGAAUUCACUUACACAUAGUUUCUGACACUGCGACGGACGCAUGUUCAUCCAAAUCCUGCAUCACCCACCAGAAGUUUGCAAUGAUGCUGUAUGAGCAGUUUGUGUGUCGCUGCUGUGGUGCAUCUUCAGACCCGCACCCGUUCACAGAAUUUGUGCAUUACGUCUCAACCACAGCUUUAUGCCAACAGGUUGAUCGCAUGUUGGGGAAGAACGAGCGGCUCAGGUCGGACAUGUUUGGAGAAUUGCUGCAAGCGGCAAACAACACAGGCGACCAACGGAGCUGCCCCAGCAACUGUGGUCAAAGUAUCAAGAUCCGCCGUGUGCUCCUGAACUGUCCAGAGAUUGUCACUAUUGGAUUUGUUUGGGAUGCUGAGCAGUCUGAUCUCACAGACGAUGUCAUUCGGGCACUUGGCCCACGUUUGAACCUGUGUGGGCUUUUCAACCGUGUCACGGAUGAAAAUGCCAAACGGAGUGAGCUUCAUCUGGUGGGGAUGAUCUGUUUUUCGAGUAAACACUACUCAGCCUUUGCCUAUCACACCAAAUCUUCAAAAUGGAUGUUUUUUGAUGAUGCUACUGUAAAGGAGAUUGGAUCCAAAUGGAAAGAUGUUGCUUCUAAAUGUGUCAGGGGGCAUUACCAGCCGCUCCUUCUAUUUUACACCAACCCCGAGGGAUCGCCAGUGUCUAACGAAGAUGCACCAAGACAAACCACCAUGUGGCCUCGCUACAAAGCCCAAAUGAAUGGUGACCUGACAGUGAAACCUCCCCCUGGCAAUCCUAACAAAUUCCAGGAACCUUUCUUGGAGAAUUUGCAGAGGCCGAGUGAAACGUCAAAAAAGGGUCGUGGGCAUCGGAAAAAGGACCAAUCACAACACAAAGAAAUGGCACAUGCAAGAUCUUCAUCACCUCCAGAGAAUGGUCCAAGGACUCCUGUGGACCACAAACUAAAAACCCAUCCGCGCACUGAGAAGUCAUCAAACCAUUCAAGCAGAGGAUCCCAGGAGCCACGCGGCCAGUCCACCAGCACGCAGGGCGGCGGCCACGGCCGGAGGAACAACACCUCACCGAGUCGCCGCCCCGAGCAGGACGGCUGCCGGGAGCAAUGGGAAAAAAGUGGAAGCGAAGAAAGCCGUAACAAGUCCAAGUCCACCUGGAGACCCAUUCGGGAGGUGCUGAACGUGGACACGGUUCUGAAUGAACUGGAGCAGCGUCGCCAGCAGCAGCAGCAACACGACAGCCCCCGGCACGGCAGGCCUUCGUCGCAGGAACGAGCACACGGCGAGCAAGGCCGAGGAGAGCGCGAGCGGGAAUACGCGCGGGCCAGAGAGGACAGGAGGCAGAAGUGUUUGAUGACGAUCUACGAGGACGAGCAGCGGCACGAGACCGAGAGCCACAGCUCCGUGGAGUCGGAGAGCAGGGCCGGCCAGCCGAGGGGCGGCAGACUCAAGGGAGGCCCCAAGACACUGCUGCGGAGCGACACCUGGACCAUCCAAAGGACGGAGUCCGGCUACGAGAGCAGCGACAGACUCAGCAGCGGCUCCACCAAUCCGGACUCCCCCGGCGUCGACGGCUUCGUCGUCAAAGACCAGCGAUCCACAGCGGAGGCACAGCUGCACAGUCAGCUGCACCAAAAGGGAGGCGAUGCCAAAUCGAGUACAACCUCCUCACCUUCACACAAUGGUAAACAUCAACCCAAACCUCAGGGAAAGAACCAUGACCAAGUUCCACAUCCACAUCUAAAGUGCAGUCCAAGUGCGAGACGGAAAUCAAAGUACACCUCCGGCACCUCCAGAAAAGCAGUAUCCUCAGAGAGGGAGUCGGCUGCUUCAGAAAACAGGCCGAGCGAGCAGACCAACUGCAAAGGGCACGCGGGGGAAAGUGCAGCCCCGAGGCACAUCGCGAAAACCAGCAGCUCCGAAUGGAACAGCUCCGACGAUCUCGCUCUCUCCGAGCCCGAGGACGGAGAGAACACCGGCGCCAACGGGCUGCAGCGCCCUGGCGUGACCCCGCCCUCAGAAGCGCUCCCACCGAACGGCCAGCGUCCGCCCGGCGCCGCGGGGUCGCCCCUCCUGCGGCCCGCCCAGCGCGCCGCUCCUCACGCGGCCGAAACCGGCCACUCGGCGCCGCGUCCGAGGACGCUGCAGGAACCCCCUCCGCCGAGUCCCCGCCUUCCGCCCGCGCCCUGCGCUUGUCCUCACAGGAGGCCCGACAUUUCGGGCCUCAGGACCUUCUCGGACGCCAGUUCAAAGUCGGGCUCCGACCCGGGGAGGAGUACGCCGUCGUCGUGUGAGAGCGAGGAAAGAUCGGCCGGAUGCAGGGCGGAACGAGCGGCGCCGGCUCAAGGGGUUUCUCUGACGACGUACUUCACUGUGGAUAAUUGCAUGACGGAAACGUACCGCCUCAAGUACCACAACCAGAGGCCUCUUGUCCUCUCGGCCUCGGUGCCGCGGAGCGUGGUCGUGGCCGAGCGCCGAGAUACCGGCCACACACUCCCCACUGACACAUACUCACAAGAUCGGCCAAAAGCCAGACCUGAAACAAGCCAUAGUAGCAAUAAAACCACUGCAAAAUGGAACCCAGUGACAGCCAAAGGACUGGAUGAACGUGGUUUUUUAUGAGUGUUUCUUGGCAAGGUUGGUUUACGUGGAACGUGGUCAGAGUACAAACUGGAUGCCAAAGAGUUUACAGAAUGAAAACAUGUCUUGAAGAAUCUACAAAUCGAGUGUCAUUUAUUUAUGCAAGCUUGUCACAUAAGUAAAACCUAUUAUUUCUCAAUGCUGUUGCGUAUCUAAAGCAGAUUAACUACUAGCAUACUGUACUGUCUUCCACUGUCUACCACAGUAUUGCUGCAAGACUAUUUAGUUCAACCAAAAUCUAGACCGACUGUUCUUGAUUCUUUAAUAUUCUUUUUAACCAACGUAUGUCAAGUUUAAAUGUGUAUUUUUUGUAUUUUAUGCAGUAGUUAUGCAGAAGUGCUACAGAAUUGUAGACUUACCAACAUAUUUGAAGUGAGGUACGGGAGACAAACUGCACCGUAAUCUUACAAAGAUGAAGGAAAACUGAGGGCAAAUCACUGUUCAGUCCGUUGAAAAUAUAUAUUUAAAAUACUAUUUAAGAUACACAACAUGAUGUCAUUCUACACCACAAAAUGAAAAGCAGCAUGUUAUUUACAGUAGUGAUAGUAACAUCUGGCCAUCUUCAAAACCAAUGCACAUUGACAGCUUGAGGCCAACAGAUAUUGCAACACUUAAAUUUCUAUUUUAUUUUAUCAGUUAUUUUACAAUGUUUCUGUGUUAAUGAAUGACUGUGGGCUGCGUGGUACGCGACAACCUAUCUGUAACCGUCUGAUGGCAAAGAUUAUUCUGCCAUUAUUCAUUGAUAUGGAAAGAUAUUUCUCCCAAAUGUUAUUUAGCAUGACCGUACAGUUCUUGGCAGUCUGCAAGCCUUCCAUUUGACUGUGAUGUUGUGUAGUUGGAGUAGCCCUCAUGUUAUGCAGUAGGUCAUCAUAUACCGUACGACCAUGUCUCCCUGUGCAUUCUACCUUGGAUUGUGUUCUUUUUUUUCUGUUGUCCAAUUGUAUUCUUUCCAGUCUUCCUUUUGAAGUCGAUUGAUUGAUUAAAAUUUUUGCAGGUAUUUUCAUAAUGAUGCCAAUAUAAUGCCUAUUUGAUAUUGAGCGUACAUCACAAAACAAUAUUUUUGUCUCUUAGAUUAAUGUUGUACAGCCUGCAUGUGGCCUUUUCAAAAUGUGUGUACAGCAUACGCAUGAGCAUGAUAGUCCUGGACUUUGAAUCCAACAAACAUAACUUCUAUUGGGUUUGACUUAAUGGAAUUAAAUUUGCAGUUAAUUUGUAAGCUUUGUUAUUUUCUGUACAGUCAACAUUCCGGGAAAACACAUAGAAAUCAGUGUUCAAUUGAAUAUUUAUAUUGAUUUUCACUAGACUGCCAAGUCUUAACAAACAUUUUCAGUCUACCCACAUUAAUCUAAAUUAAUGUUUCUCAGCUAGAUAAACUCCUCACCUAAUCUCCUGUGUUUGUGCGUGUUGUAUUUACUUUCCAUGAUAUGACAAGUACGUCAUCAAAGGUUGCGUUCACACAAGAUGUGCCAUUGUAGUUAAAAUGACUAUGAUUAUUUUGACAUAUCUAAGAUAUUCAAAGGAUAAAGACAUUUUUAAACUACUGGAUAAGAUAGAGUUCAGGAGAAUCAACCAGAUUGAACUAAAUGUUGUCUCACUAUGUUUUUUGUGCUUUCUUAUGUGACUAAUGGAUAUACCAUUUAUUUACAAUAUUUAUCAUGUUUCUUUCUUCGUCUGUAAUAAGAGCGACUGUUUUCACUUAAGUUGUAACUUACAUUCUGAUUUUGGUGUCUUUGGUUGUAUCAAUAGUGCCUUAACAUUUUUUAGUGGGACAAGUUAUUUGUGAGUUAAACCACAUUAGGGGGAAUAAAGGAGAUGAAUGCAGGGGAUGUAGGACGUCAUGCAAAACCUUUUAAAUAUGCAACGCUAGUAGAGAAAUAUCUAUUGACACUCUGACUCGCACCUUUCUACUGUGUGUGUGUGGGGGUGCGUUGAAGUUUCAGGGGAUGGGUUUGUGCCAAUUACGAUAUUGUUAAAAGCCCUUUGAGACUUGGAAGUUACAACAGUAGCAGCAAGGUCUGCAUGCAGCUGCACAAAAGUUUGACUUUCAUAGUUUUAAUGUCAAAAUGGGAAGAUCUGUGCUUGAAUGGCAAGUGCAUCUUUGAAAGAGCCUUAAUUUGUAAUAACUGAAGGAUUGAGUUGGGUGAUGCAUGCCUGUGUGUCUGUUUGCAUGUGAGUUUUGGGGAAAGGAGCCGAUCCAUGGGUUUCCUAUUGCACCGAUGAGCCAAAGUCUUCAGCUGAAGAAAUGCUUUAUAUUCUCAAGGGGGCCUGUUUGACAAAAGGGCUUCAUGUCCUGUGUCACAGGAGGUCACGUUUGGCAUUUCAUCAAUCCAUAUCUUUUAUCUUGUGAUAUGUACGCCGCCACAGGACCUAAUUACACUGUAUUGCAUCAACACCCAAGAACGAAGGGGAACUAUCCCCGUUUUGUUAUCUCAUUUGAUCGGGCUGAUAUGGGCUGAUGUGUUGGAGCUGAACGCCGCCCUGAAUCCUCUUGUCAUACCUCUGUGUGUGGUUAGGAUUUCACCUGACAUUACCGUUGAAUUGAGUUAUUGGUGCUUCAGUGAAUGCUUCAUGACUUGUGCAAGUACAGACCAAUUUAAAGAAACAUAUCAAAUAUUUUUGUAGAUAAUCUAUAUUUAUUUUUAUUUAUUGUUGAAUAAAGUUUAAAUUAUUGUA